AUGGAAGCAAUCGUCUGGGUACGCAUGCGUAAUGACGUCGAAGGAUAUGCUUCAGAUGCUGAAAUUCAGGCAACUCUCGUAAGGAAGCUUCUUGAAAACUACUCAACGUCAACACGACCUGCCUUGAACUCCUCUAUACCUACACUUGUAACUCAUCGAAUUACUCCUAUACAGAUUCUCGAUAUUGAUGAACAAAACCAGCUGUUCACACUAAAAGUUUGGAUAGGCCUGAGGUGGACUGACGAAUUACUGCGCUGGAAUGAAUCAGACUAUGCAGGAGUUGCUAGUGUCAGCGUCUCAAGUAAUGAUAUAUGGCAACCGGAUAUCACCUUAUAUGGAAGUGUUGACAAAGAAUUCGAAAGACACUUAUCAACAGAUGCUCAAGUCAGCUCCGAUGGAAGUGUGCUUGCUCUGCAACCUAUGGUUUUCAAAGCAUCCUGUCGGAUAGACGCCACAUAUUUUCCCUUUGAUGAGCAGAAGUGCAUCCUGAAAUUUGGAUCAUGGAGUUACGAUGGUUCAUUGAUAGACUUGGAAAUUAACCCAUCUUCUGGGUCGCUGAGUAACUACAUACCAAAUGGUGAAUGGAGCCUCAUAGGACUGCCAAUCAUAAAGCACGUGCUGUACUAUGCAUGCUGCCCAGAACCUUACCCUGAUAUUACGUACACAUUUGUCAUACGACGAAGGUCCCUGUUUUACAUAUAUACGCUGCUUAUGCCAGUCAUGCUGAUGUUCAUUUUGAUUCUAGUUGGUUUCUACUUGCCAACAGAAUGUGGCGAGAGAAUGACUCUGUUUGUCACUAGUAUGCUGUCAUUGUUUGUUUUCCUGUCUCUAGCGAGUCAAUAUCUACCACCUACCUCAGACUCAACACCAUAUAUACAAAUAUACCUGAUGUCUACCAUCGGACUUGUUGCACUCUCGUCGAUCCUGACGGGUUUUAGCAUCAAUUUACACUAUCUGGCGAGCGACUGUUCACCAGUUCCUGGGUGGAUGCGAAUCUGUGUGUUUAAGUACAUUGCCGCUAUAGUUUUGCUCCAAAAUAAAACAAAACCGUUUUUGAAAGCGACAGAAAACUCAAAACACACCGAAGGCGAUGAUGAUAUACAUAUACCACUGGUCGGUGAAGGAAGUGGAGACAUGAGUGCUAUAGAUAUAAAAGCACCUAGUUAUAUCACAAGUUUGCCUGAAAGUGUACAAGAAUGGCGAAUGGUUGCUGUCGUGGUCGACAGAUUAUUUAUGGUUUUGUAUCUGAUACUAUUUGUUAGUAUCACGGCAGGAAUAUUUAUGUUCCUAGAAAACAGACAUGGUCAUUUUUCUACCCACUGA